CGCGGUAAAAUGGCGUUGUGGAAUAAGGUGGUCUCAGGAUUUGAUAAAGAAGAAGAAACUGUAAAUUUUGGGACAAGAAUAAUAGCAGAAAAUAAUGGCUUAUUAUAUGAAACUUUCACUGUUGCUACAAUACAAUCCGAUGGAAAGGUAACAAAAGAGCCGAAUAUUUUGGCAUCUGUGCAAUACUCAAGAGUUUGUAUAGCAAUUGAUAAAUCAAUUACUAUAUUUGAAAAUGAAACAUGUGAAAAAAUAUUAUUAAGUAUUAAUUUUGAGCUAUUAAUAUCAUGUUAUUGUAUUUCUCACAAUGGUAUAUUUUUAUUUGUUGUGUUAUCAAAUGGAAUAUUAUAUUGUCUUCAUUUAUUAAAAAAAGGACAAGUGAUUUUUACAAAAAAUAUUACAAAAACAGAAAAUAAAGUAAUAAAAAUUUUUUUACAAAAUGAAUCUGAUGAAUGUAUUAAUAUAUAUCUUAUUACAAGAAAUGGAACUUUAUAUAGAAUAUCACUAUUUAAUGUCAAGGCUAUUCAUUGUGCCAUUAUAAAUGAAGUUAAUAUUAAUAAUAUAUUAAAAGAGUUAACAGAUAAAGUUGAGUGUAUACAGUUAUUUAAAGGAUUUUCUUAUGAUGAGGUAGUAUAUGCUACUGCAAAUGUAACAUAUAAUGAAAUAUCAAUAGCUAUGUUAUGUUCAAAUAUGUUAUUUAUAUGGCCUAGUGAACAAUAUAUUAAUUUUGACACAUUACAUUAUACUUAUACCAAAUUAAAAUUUUUCAAAAAUUACAUUGCAAUGCUAUGUUUACGUACAGAUCAUAUAUUAAGUUUAGUAUGUCCCCAAACAUUACUUGGAAUAAAAGUGUAUUCUAAAGCUGUAUCAGAUUUUGAAAUUAUUGAAAAUAAUGAUAAUAGUUUAUGUCAAAUUCUUGUAUUAACAUCUGACACUAACAGUAUUAUAUGUACACUUCGUGUUCUUUCAUAUCCAGAUUUUCAAGAAAAAUUUCAAAUAAAUAUACCAGUUAUGACAUACUUUGUUGAAAUUAUGGAUCCUUAUGAUGAAAUAAUUUUAUAUUUGGAAGGAGUUAAUGGUUUAAACAGUGAUACUAAAAAUAUAGAUACAGUUAGAGUAAAAACUGUAUUAGAAAGUGAUCCAGAGUAUCAAUUGCAACGUUUAAUAAGAAAGGAACAGUUUGAUACAGCUGAAACUUUUGCAAAUAAAUUCAAUUUAUCUACAGAUCCAAUUUAUUGUGCAAAAAGUGCAAUAAUGUUAUCACAAUUUGGACCUUGGGCAAAGAAAUACUCUAGUCCUAUUCAAUUAGAUAUGCUUUUUAAUAUGUUUGAUAAAGUAAAAGAUGUGCAAUAUGUGGUAGAAUGCUGUAGCAAAGCACUUAUUCCAGAUUAUAAACAGAUGAGGAAAAUUAAUUUAUACGCACGUUCAAGAAUAAUAGAAACUAAUACUAAAGAUGAUAAAUAUUUAUGUCUUCUUUCUUCAAUUAAUGAUAUAUUACAUAAAUUAGAAACUUUUCAUAUGAUUUGGGGAUAUCAAAAGAAUUUAGAAUACUAUGAUGAAGAUACCAUGAAAGAAUGGAUUAGAUUUUCACGGGCAAAUUUUAUGGAAGAAUAUAGAACACAUUUAAGUUUGGGAGAAAUGGAAGCAGCUACAUUGAUUUGGACAAGACAUCUGCCAAGUAUAAAGAAAUAUUUAUCUAUAAAAAUUAUAAAAGAUAUAUUUGCUAUUGUUCCUGAAAAUAUAUCUUUACAUACUCUUUGGGCAUGGUUAACACAUUUUAUUCCUACUUUAUUGUCAUUGAUUCCUAAUGCAGUAUGUGAAAUUAUUCUUUGGGGUUGUAAAAAAGUUAAAUCAUUUGAACAAUCUCAUCGUUCAGAAUGGCCACAAAUUGGAAUUGAUUUUAUGAAAAAGUUUAUAAACUUAUUAAAAUUUGAAGGAAGUCAUCAUCAGUCCUUACAUUUUCAACAAGAAUGUCUAAACAAAGAUUCUAAUUUAAAACAGCUUGUUUUCUUAAUGCAAGCUAUGUCUGAUAUUCAAAAAUUGAAAAUUAAUUAUAGAUUGGCAAUAUCUCUUAAAUUGUAUAUUGGUGAUCCUAUGGAAGUAUCAUAUAUAUUAUUGGAUAAAAUACAUAUAGAUAUAAUUCUAAAAUUUGUAAAUUCGUUUUUGAAACAAUACAUGUUGAAUAAUUCUUUGAAAAAUGAUUAUGUUUUUUCUUCAUAUAUACAGAAAAUUUUAAGAAAUUCCAAAAGUUGGUGGUCGAGUGAUGAAGCUCCAUGGGAAGAAAAAAUUGUUAUUAUUAUUGAUUUAAUUGAAAAUAUAGAGACUAAGUUACAGCAAACAUUAGAAGUAUUGAAAAAAGCAUCAGUUCCGUGGUCAUCAACUAUUUUAAGUCUAGUUGAAACAAGUUACAAUUUUGACCAUAUUUUAACAUCAAAAAUCAAAAUAGAACAUAACUGUGUUUCAAUUAAACUUAUCUUAAAAAAAUAUGGAUAUGAACGCAUUGGUAUAAAUAGUAAAUUAGUACACUUUAUAAUAAAAAAAAAUUAUGACAGCAUGAUUUCAGAUAUCCAACAAAUAACUAAAAAUGAUUCAUUAUUAAGAAAAAAAGCAUUUUCAUCUUGUGUAAAUUAUUAUUUAAUAAGAGGAAAUUUUGAAAAUGUAACAAAGGCAUUAAACUCUGUAGAAGAUGAUGUUUUAUUAUAUUGCUGUGUACAAAUUAUUAACUAUACAAUAGCUAGUGUAACAUUAAAGAUUAUACCUGAGUACCUUACAUAUUAUGUUGAGAUGUUUGGUUGGGUGAAAUUACAUUUAAAGAAGCUUUUAAGAAAGUAUAAAAUUCAAUCAUAUUAUUAUAACAACGUUAUUAACAACAUAAACGAAAUAAAAUCAAUAUAUUUUUUAAAAAAAGAUUUUCAAAUUAACGUUUCACUCGAGGAGUAUCAGCUUAAAAAGAGACAAAUAUUACAAAAUUAUGUUGAAAAAUUAUGUGUUGUGAACAUAGAAGAAGAUGAAGAGUUAUUUGUUAUAUCUAAAAAAGUUAUUAAAGUUGCAAACUUACUGAAAUUACAAAAGAUUGAGGCUGUAUCUUUAUUAUUAGAAUGGACAAAAAAUUUACACUUAUUAAAUUGUUUUAUUGGGUGUAAAGAAGAAAAAUUAAAUAUAUUGACAGAUGAAUGUCAAUAUGUAUAUAAAAUAUGUUUAUUUAUAAUGCAGCAUUUUAAAAUGAAUGCAGAUGUUGUAAUUACAAUUCAAAAGUUAUGUUCUGCUGCAUUGUGUGAAUGUUUAGACGAUGAAUUGCAGUCUAUAUUAUUAUUGUACACAUGGAUAAAUUUGUAUCAAGAAUGGUACAAUAAAAACCUUAGAUAUGAUUUAAAUUCAGUGGACAUGAAACAUGAAGAAAUACCAAGAUCAAAUUGGAAAUUAUAUACAAUAUAUAAAGAUCUAUCUAUUUCAACAGAUGAAUUUUUAUUACCAUUGCUUAGAAAUGUAAUUUCUGCACAAAAAUUUUAUGUAGCUAGAUCAAAAUUUGUAACAGAAUAUGUGACAACUGAUGCGACUGAUCAAGAUUAUAAUUGGGAAAAUACAGAAGGACCCUUGAAGGAUUUGCUUGAUAAAAUAAAAAUAUUAAAAAUGGAACAUAAUGAUUACUGUUUAUUGCAAAUUAUUAAAACUUUAUAUUUUAGUUUUUGUGCUAUACCAAAUAUACGUGGAAUAUUAUUAACAGAAAUCAAAUCAGUAUAUUUUCAUCUUCUAACGAUAUUAUUAAAAAAAGUAAUAAGUAGCCGAGAGUUUGAUCUUCAACUUAGUUUAUCUUGCUUAUUUAUGUUAUCUAAUGCAGAAGCAUGUAAAUGGAUUUCUUCUACUUGCAAAUCAUUUCAGACAGAUUACACUCGACAUUUAAGGAUAACAAUACUUGGAUAUGAAUAUUUUCAUUUAACAGAAAAUCAGAUACUUCUGCAAACAUUUAAAAAUAACAAAAUAUUGCAUUAUUGGGCACAAAAAUUGUCUAAAUACUCGGUUUCAUAUAAAGAAAUUUUAAUAAGCGAUGCUACAGCUAAAAGACAAAUAUUACAACGCAUUAUGAAUUAUGAUGAUAAUAUGGUUCCCUUGUUCCAAGAAUUUUGUUCCGAUUUUGGUUUUGAUAUUCAAGACUGUUUAUUGCUCUAUUUACAAACAGUAAUAAAAACAUGGAAUCCAAAAUUAAAUAUAAACAAUUACAAUGGAAAAAAAGAAUUAUAUAUUAAUGAAGAAGAAGUAAAUGAACUGAGAAAAAAGUGCAAUACUAUUGCUACUUAUAUUUUCGAUAAAGUUGCUUUGAAGAAUUGUGUUACCACUAUUUUUUCCCAAAUAAAUUUUUAUCAUUAUGAGAUAUUUAUAAUUCUUAUGGACCUUAUAGAAGACAAAAAUAUUGAACAUAGAAAUUAUUUUUGUUUUUUACAAAAUUAUACUCGCAUUGGCCCACCUACACAAAUAGAAUAUGAUGAGUGGUUGCAUCUCAAUCCAGGAUAUACAUCCUUACCACCUAUUGCAAAAUGGCGAUUACCAUUUUUACCUAAAGUUGAAUUAUGGAAACUUAUAACUCCUGAAUUAAAUUUGAAAACUUAUGAUAAAUGGUUAGGUAUUGCACCUAUUCUUAAAUUACAACCUCAUAUCAUAUGUACUUUAGCUAUAAAAGGAGAAGUAACGCAUGUUUGGAAAGAUAAACACAAAACAACUAAAUGGACUCUUUGUUCAAAAAAUAAUAGUUUGUUAAAUAAUAUAAAAAAAUGUAUUGAAAGAAUGAGUGAUUCAGAUAGGUUAUAUUAUGGCACUGCAGCAUUAUAUUAUGUUGUGAAUCAUACACCACCAGGGGCUGAUCAAGUAGCAGCAGUUGAAGAAUGUUAUAAGUAUGCACAGUUAUCAGCUCAAAGAUCUACUAUGUUUGAAGAAGGAAUGCUAGAAAAAAUAAAAUUCAAAUAUUUACGUUUUACAUCGGAGCAUAUUUUACAUACAUAUGGUUUAGGAAAUAAAAACUAUUUGUCACUGAUUGGAAACCCAAAUAAAUUAAUUUGUGAAUUAUAUGCAGAUGAAAGUAUACCUCAGAGAUAUCAAUGUGUUAUUGAUCAUAGACCUGAUAUUAAUUCUGCAGUUAGUUCAAUCAGUCAGUUACUCUCUAUUAACAUAGUAAAACUGCAGAUGGAAUUACUACAAGAGUGGCUAGAACCAGAUAUUAAAUUUAUAAAAUUUAAUCAAAGUAUAACAGAAACAUUUCCAACAAUAACAAACGUUGAAUCAAAUUUAAAUUGUGAUGAUAAUUUAUUAAGAGCAUGUUAUAUUUUGGAAAAUAUAGAUCUCGAAUUAUCAGCUAACCUUCUUAUAAAUAUAGGGUUUGGUGAUGGGAAUGAAGAUUAUAGUUCUGAAGCACGUUAUAGAGCUCUUUAUGUAUUACAGACUUUGAUUGACACUACUAAAUUGUUAGAUUUUACUAAACGUGAUUACCAAACGAUUAGAAAUUAUAUGAGAUCUUUAAAAUAUAUAGGUAGACUAGAAUUAUUGGGAAUAGGUUACAGUAUAAACACUUUUGAAACAUGUUCUAAACAUGAACUUGUACAAAUUCUAUGGAAAACACAAAAUUAUUCGCCACAAGCACUUGUUAUCAUUGCACAACUUUGCAUAGAUUUUGAAAUAUACGAAUAUUCUCUCUGGGAUAAAAACUUAACUAAAUUAGCUAAAUUGCUAAUGAUUAAUGAUUUAAAAAAGAUUUUACUUCAAAUACGAAAUAUAAGUACUAUCGUAAAUUCUAAUGGAUAUUUAUUAGGAUGGGAAGUAACAAUUUCAGAACCUUUCAAAAAAAUGGAUAUGAGCCCAACUUCUGAACAAAUUGAAAAUUGUAUUGAAGCUUUGCGACUUUUAUAUUCAUGCCCGGUUGUACAUAUGUUAAGCUUUACUGAUGUCAUAAAGUGUUGUUUCCAAUGUCAACAACUACAUUUGGUACUUGCAUUUUUACCAUUUUUGAAUGAUGAUGAUACAAUAUUUGUUCUAAAGGAAAUUAAAUAUAUAUCUAAUAUUUCAAAGGCAUUGGAAGAUUUGAAUAACUUACUUUUAAAUGGGAUACUUUGUGUAGCUUAUUGUAAUAAGAUAAUGGAAAACAUACUGAAGAAGAUAAACAUUUGA